AUGUCGAUAACACUUGCUACUUUUGUAUUUACUACCCUCACCUUUGGGAUUAUGCCAGCGCAGUGUUCGUGGACUCCUAUAAAUUUUCGGCCAAUAAUUGGUAUUUUAUCGCAAGAAACAAGCGACAAUAUCACUUCGCAGUAUCCUAAGAAUUACAGUAGUUAUAUCGCUGCGUCGUACGUAAAAUUUAUUGAAGGGUCUGGUGCAAGGGUUGCUCCCAUUUGGAUCGGGAAAAAUGAGUCAUAUUACGAAGAUAUCUUAGGCAAAGUAAAUGGAGUCCUGUUGCCUGACGGAUCGUCAUCGUUCAGUAACAAGAGUGGUUACGUCGACGCUGCAGAUAUGAUUUAUAACAUUUCGAAGAAGAUAAACAAGAAGGGUGAUUAUUUUCCAAUUUUCGGAAUAUCUUUGGGAUUACAAGUGUUAACGUAUCUUGAGGCAGGCCGUAAAGAACAUAGGAUAAAUUGUAGCAGUGACGGUCAGCUAAUUUCGCUCAAUUUUACGUCAGCCCUAAAUUCCUCUAAGAUGUUCAACAAAACAUCGCCGGGGAUCCUACACGUACUGAACUGUCAAGAAAUAACAGGAAACUAUCAUAACCUAUGCGUUACAACAGAAGGGUUACGUAACGUCUCCGUAGAUAAGGAAUAUAACGUGCUGUCUAUAAACAACGACUACAACGGAGUUGAGUUCGUUUCUACGCUAGAACAUGAUACAUUACCGUUUUACGGCGUACAAUUUGAUCCAGUGAAAAAUCUGUACGAAUGGGUUAAGAGAAAAAAUAUCACACACACACAGUAUGCCUAUAAAGUAACUCGGUAUUUUGGUGAUUUUUUCAUUAGUGAAGCACGUAAGAAUAUGCAUAAGUUUCCAACUAAAGAAGAGGCUGGAAGCUUAAUUUACAACUACACGGUGACUUAUACUGCACCGAAAAUUGGGUGGUUCUUACAAACUUAUCUGUUCAAUGAAAACGAUACGAAUUAA